UGUCUGUUGAAAUUUAUCUGAGACAGAAAGAUGAUAGUUAGAUACCUUGCUCUUGGCCCCUACCUUCCUCUCUCUACCUUCCUCUCUUCAACAAUCGACCGAUGCCCCACAGGAAAGGUGUACAGUUCGGGAGCUUCACCACCUUUCCUAUCCCGUGUCAUGGUCUCGCAGAUCCUAAUAACGUUCCGAGAUUCGUCCCUCGCCAUCGCACGUGCUUUCCCACUCAAUCUAUACUACGAAAGGUUAAAGUAAAACUGCAUGAAACUCCUGCGUUCGGAUCAUCGUUAGCGAUCUAUGCUCUAUCGGAUCCAUACCCGCGCCCUGUUUCGACAGUGCCAUCGAUGUACCAGCCUUGGUCAGAGUCUCAUCACCGACGCGCUUCCCACUCAAGAACGCGUCCGACACAUCGACGCGCUGCGUUUUCCUUCGGAAAGCUCAAGUUGAACGACAAUGGAGAGGCGUGGAUCGAUCCUCAGGGGGGGUGGCAACCCUCCCCGGGUCGAUGGUCAGGGCCACGGAAACAAGACGCAAAUGUCCCAGUGGGUACCCUCGACGACGAGUGGAAAUGGGACCCGAGCGAGAAAAGGUGGUCCAAUCCACGAGGGCAGUGGCACAAUACCCGAAAUGGCUGGCAGUGGCAGUGGUAUCAAAACCAUGAACCAACGACUCAGGCGACCCCGCAGCCCGCUCCUGCCGAGCCGUCUCCUCUUCCGACUAUGGCGACAAGACUUUCACAUCGAAAGAGAGCUUCGCUGGAUCUAAAACCCUCCCAUACAUCUUCAUCGGCUGAGUGCUCUAAAGUGACUCCACACAAGUCAAAAUCCUCUUCGAAGGAGCGGCCCAAGAGUGACUCAUUUGACCUCAGAAGACUUGCUGCCUCGCUUCCGCAAGAUCUUAGUCUAUAUCACCUUCAUGUGGACCUGACGACCGUGCAACCACUUCUCUGGUCCAUGCUUGACGUCCCUUCGCAGAAAACUGUGUCUCUGCUCUCAAGUAUCAGUUCCGGGGUCAUCUCUAAGCUUAAUGUGCCGGCAUGCCCGGGCGCAACGGAAAUCGUUGUACAUUCUCACCCUAGGUUCUCCAAGAUCCACUUCAAAUACUCUCCCACGAUACAGGGACUGCUUGAAGGGAUACGUGGUUACUUUUAUGCGAAUAUCAGUAAGAAGGCGAUGAAAAUGAUGACUGUGGACGAUCGGAACACCGUUUUCGCUGCCAAAUCGAAGCGCAUGUUCAUGCGAGGCCCGGAAGAAAUCGAGGACGACUUGAGAAUAGAUUUAUUGGAUGGGUUUGUGGUGUUCAAUGGCAUGAAAGUGCUGAGCCACGACAAGAACGGGAAGGUCGAAGUGGCAUUGGAACUUCGAAGAGAGAAACGAUGGGAUUGGAAUAUAACUUGUAAGAGAUGAGCUGGCACUAUUCUCAUAUGACAUUCAACGUAUAACUGUAUUCUUAGCAUCGUAACGCUCCGUCAUCUAUUUAAG